AUGGCUGCUGCAUCGGCGAGCGAGGCGUUCGACGCCAUCGGGAAGGCGAUGCAGGCCGACGCCACGCUCGCCUCAAAGGUCGGCGGAGUGCUCCAGUUCGAGCUCGGCUCUGUAUCGUGGACGGUAAGCUGCACCGGCGAGGGCAGCGUCGCGGAGGGCAGGGCGUCUGCGCCGGACGCCACUAUUACCAUGAGCGAGCCGGACUUUCUCAAGCUCUACGCUGGCAAAUUAACGGCACCACGGUGGUCGACAGCUGUUCUUCACAGCCUUGUUAUUGAGAAGAAAAUACGUCCCAUGGCGCUGUGCGCUGGUCUGUGA